CACUCGGCCGCACGGAGAGCGACGGAGCUCCGCUGUGUCUGUGGAGAACACGUUUCACAUGUACGGAACUUUUAAAUGAAGCCACGACGGGAUUAUUGCUGGAAACAAGUUGGGUGGCACAGACUUUAAAAAGAGCCAGGCAUGGACUCCAAACGCCAAAGUGUGGUGAUGGAGCGACUUGUGAGUGAGCUGGGCUCUCUGCUGAAGAUGCUGGACCGUGAGACCGUCAGUCCUGCCACUGCUGACAAAAUGGCGUCUGUACGUAACAUCUUGGAUUCACUGCCGCUGUCAGUCAAUGGAUCAGAUGUCUACAUGAACAGCUGUCUCUAUGGCAAUGGCACUAGCUUUGUGGAGUCACUGUUUGAGGACUUUGACUGUGAUUUGCACAUGCUCAGUGCAUCUCCAGUGGAGCAGAAAGAGCACAAAGAUGGAGAGGAGAAGACUCAUCCUAAUAAAUCUACGCCGACCGACACACCCCCUCCUGUGCCAACCACCCCUCUUCCAGAUGACUACUAUGAAGAGGCCGUUCCUCUAGAUCCUGGAUCCACCCCGCAGUACUUUACCACCAAUUCCAGGAACUCUGUAGAGGAUGCCUACUAUGAAGAUGCAGACAAUAACUACCCCACCACCAGGAUGAAUGGACCUCCCAAAAACUCCUACAAUGACUCAGAUGCUUUGAGCAGUUCCUAUGAGUCUUACGAAGAAGAGGAUGAGGAGGCCAAGGGGAGGGACCGACCUCAGAGGUGGACGGCUGAGGAGAGCCCAGACGGACCAGUUAGAGACUGUCGCAUCUGUGCCUUUCUGCUGCGAAAGAAACGCUUUGGCCAGUGGGCUAAACAGCUAGUCGUUGUCAGAGACAAUAAGCUGCAGUGCUAUAAGAGCAUCAAAGAGAGCUCUCCUCACACGGAGCUCCCACUGAAUCUUUGCAACGUCAUCUAUGUCCCGAAGGAAGGCCGCAAAAAGAGGCACGAGCUGCGAUUCUCAUUGCCUGGAGGCGAAGCUCUCGUGCUGGCAGUUCAGAGCAAAGAACAGGCCCAGCGGUGGCUCAAGGUGGUCCAUGAUGUUGGCAGUCAGUGCAGCAAAACAGAAGGACUGGACGGAUCGGCUUCUCCCAUUAUACAGAGGAAGUUGGAGCUCGACAAGAUGCUGCAGUCGGACAGACAGGCGUCGGACUCAGACAGCGGACCAACGGCAGACAGUCAGUCCACUACACAUGGAACAGGACGGGAUACCAUUGACUCACUCAGUAGGUGUAAACUAAUAGAAAGUUAUUGAUUAAGUUGUAAUAAUUGAGUCUUUGUUAUUGUUGCUCUAUUGAAAAAAGCUCACAACUGUUUCGUAUGAGUUAUUAUAGCAUAAGACAUAGAGUAUACAUUCUACAAGCAAAAUCAGUGAUCAUAGCAAGAUGUAACUUUAGCCUGUGUGUAACUUCCCAGUUAGCACAGUGACAUUAGAGCAGUGCUUCAUGAUUCACAGAGGUAGUAAUAAUAAGGGUCUUUAUGUUGUCUGUGUAUUUCAGAAUGAAACUGAGUUUGAGGGUGGGGUUUUGAGAGGUAUUUAGGAUUUUUAUUUUUUUUUGCAAAUCCACUAUGAUGUGGAGCUGUGGGGAAAUGCAAAGCUGUAGGACUGUUCACCUCCUCCUACGCAUCCCUAAGGACUAAAUGAAUAAAUUAGUCUUCAACCACAUUCACUGUAUAUACAAAUAUCUGGAACCAUAACACACAUGUUGUACUAGGAUAGAACUCUGUUCACUGGCUGCAAGCGACAGACAGGGUUGGCUCACCCCAAAGCAUGUUUGAUUGGAUGUGCUACAAUGUAAUCUAAAAA